UUAAGCACCACUGUGUGCCAGGCUCUUUAGGAACUACUGUCUCACAGAAUCCUCUCAACAACCUAUGGAAGUAGGUACUUAGCCUACACCCAUUUUACAGAUGGAUAGACUGAGGCUUAGGAGGCUGGUUUAAGGAACCUCUCCCCAGGUCACUGAGCUGGUUUUAUAAUCGGGGCUGUAGGUGGGGGAUAAUAAUACUAAAUUGAGAUUCAACGUGCAAUUAAGACCCAUGUACCAAGCACCUUGGUGGUGUCCGGAGGUAAAAAUCUUGAAGGUGAUAGGUAAACAGAGAUGAAAACACAGGGUCUGUGCUACAAACUGGGCACGUGCAAGCUGGAUGCUGAGAGGGAGACAAGAGGGAGGACAGAUACUCUCUGGCCUCGGGGAAUGGCCCUCAAGGACAAAAGCAGCCACAGCCAGGGAAGGACAGGCCUAGCGGAGAGGGGUGAGUGCCCCUGCCCCGUUCUGAUUCGGGGUUCCCCAACCUCCUCUGCCCCCUACCCCUGUGUCUCCUGGAGCCUCACCAACUGCCCCGCUCAGGCUGGCUCCCCAGGCCUCCUUCCCCUGUUUCAUUGCCCCCUGCACAUUCUGCCCCCAGCCAAAUCCCCCCUACCAUACCCCACCCCCACCUUUGCCUUCUAGAACUCCUGGAAGUUUUCAACUGGAGGUUUUAAUUUGAAAACCUUCUAUUCUUAAGCAGUUGGUCCUGAGGUGGCUGCUACAGCUCUUCCCUCUGACUCAGGUCCUUCUCAAGAUGGAGACCCCAGCUCCAACCCCUCGAUCCAGAAUUUGGGGCCACUCCUCCAUGCUCUGCCUUUUCCAUAGCCUGGUGGGGAGCAAGGGCAGCCCAAAGAGCUCAGACAAGGCCCUGUUAGGGGGUCGGGCACUCCCCUUGCCAGAGCAGGACGCCAUCCGCUUGAUAACUGACCACCAGGGAGGAGCAGGGAGGAAGGAGUCCAGGCCAUCCGCCGUGCUGCCCUGUACCCUCUCUGUGGCCCUAUCACAGCCCGAUCCCUCAAGGCUUGGGAUGGGGGAUGCAGGGCCCCAGACCCCCACCCCCAUGGAGGUCCUGAGGGUCGUGGCCCAGGGUGCAGAGGUGAUCGUCCUGCCCAGGGGAAGCCAGGAGGUGCUGGGCAACCUGUUUGAGUUGGAGGAGAGGGAAGAUGAGGAGGAGGAGGAAGCAGCAGGGAAGGCCUUAGGGGAUACUGGGACCUCAGACAGGGGCCACUUUGCCCAAGCCUUGGAGCAAGGAUGCCUGCAAAGGGCCAUGGGGCCACUGGCAGUCAGCCCCGAGGCCUUUACCAGGGAGGAGGAGGAGGAGGAGGAGGAGGAGUGUCUUCUUAGUGGAGACCUCGGGUUGGCCUCCUCGAAAGUAGGGACAACUCCCUGGAACUGCCUCCUCAGCUUGUACAAGCAGCUUCAGAAAUCGGCCAUGGCCAAGUUUCCUCUCAAGGAAGUCUUGCCCCACGAGGAGAAAGAUGAGGAAGAGGAAAUGGAGGAAGAGGACAGCUCAUUCAAGCUCUGUGUCCCAGACAUUGUCACCCUCCAGUCGCCGCUGCAUAAGACUUUUGGGUCGACAGAUACAGUAGGUUUUGUGGAGUCGGAGUUAAAGAAGCUUCCGGUAGUACAACGGGAGUCCUGCCUCUGGAAGAUGGGUGGCCAUGAGGGCCAGGAGCUGCUGGACCAGCAGGAGAUCACCCUGGAGGAGGCAGGCAUUGUGGACAGCCAGGUGUGCCUGGCCCAUCCAACUACCACACCCUGCCUAAGGGCCCUGGGGAAAGUGGGGCUGGAGACCUCCUAUCUUCUCAGGCCCCUGGGCCUGGCUCCAGCAUCACCCCUCCCUCCACCAACCCUCCACUGCUGGGUGUGAAAGGCAUAAUUCCUUCUUGGGGGUGGUGCUGUCAGAGUGCAGAGGAGGUCCUGACCCCCUGCACACACACUUCUCCAUCAGUCUGUCAUUUGACCUCGAGUCCAGAUGUCCAUAUUUAAGGCUUAACUGCCAUCCUUCUGCUGUGUGUCCUUGGGCAAGUGUCUUCCCCUCUCUGGGCCUCAGUUUCCUCAUCUCUACAAUGAGGAGAUUUGUGUAGGUGGCUUUAAGGCUUUCCUGUGCCUCUGUCAGUCACAUAAUGUUGCUCUUUCUCUGUUUUCUCCUCCAGUUCACAGUCAUGCCUACUCCCACGAACACACAGAGGCGUGGGCAAGGACUACCCGCAGGCCCACCCUCUUUGACCUUGGCCUUAUAUGUUGGGCCUGUCCCAGCUUCUCUGAGUGCACAUUGACAGAUCUGUUGAUGACAAAUGUGUCAAAGUCCUUUUUAUCCUUCUAUUCAUUCAUCAGCUCAUCCUUUCAUUCAGUGGAAUUUUGUCCCUGAUAGUCUGUGUCGCUUACAAAAGGAAGAGCGAAGUCUUUAGUCGAAGUCUCUGCUCUGGCACUGACUUGCUCUGUGACUUGGUUUCUUUACCUGUAAAAGAGGACCAUUGGAGGAUCUGAUAAGCUGAAGAGUGUGUGACCUUCAGCUGCAAAGGGCACUCUAGUGUCGGGGAUUACGUCUCCCCCUUGGGGUCGUGAACACCAGAAAUACUUGCCUCUGGGACAUUGAGAGGCAGCCUUCCCAUUGUCCUGAGCCUGCAUGAGUCACAGGGCUCCCCUCUGUGCUCUGGGGAACAUGCUGGGCCACCUCACCCCGCAUCACACUGAUUGUCGCUCUGGCAGGGCCCUUGCUUUUGCCUUUACUCGCUGAAAGGAUCUCUCCUCACCCUUCCCUCCUGCUUCCCCUCCCCUCGAGAACCGCCCCCUGAGCCAGGCUGCCCCGCUCCCAGGAGUCACAGUCCUAGGGUAGCCAGAGCAGUGCUGGGGGCCCCUAGGGAGCUUCUGGGUAAUGGCAAGUGGGGGCCCAGCUCAGUCCUCACGGGGACACAGCUGCCUCCAGAAUGUCUUCCUCCUGCGGGUGUUUCAGGGGUCAUGUCCAUCACCACCCCUGCUUUCUCCUUAUCUGCCCUCAGGAAUACCAGGCUGAGGGGGAAGGAAGUCGCCUCCCAGCCUUUGGGGAAUGCUAGGGACCUGGGGCAGGGGUGCUGAGGCAGUGGAAGCACCAUCCUAGGCUGGAGGGAAGGUUGCAGAGCCCCAUUGGUGUGAUGUCCAGGACAGAGCACCUGCUCCUUGAGGAGAUGGAUGAGAUGGGAAACUGGCCCCCAGAGAGUGAACCUGGUGCUGGCCUGAGUCUGCCCUGCCCGGAUCCCUGCAACCCACAUAGGGAUGUGUCCCCCGCUUCUUAGGGCACAUCAAGA